AUUAUUCCUUGAUUAUUCCGGUUAUAUGGCCUUGGAUUCUUUCCAUUCCUUCUCAACGUUCCCAACAACGCUGCGCGCUUGAAGUUGACAAUAAUGACGGCAUAUGGUGCUGAAUGAUUUUCUAGCAAUUUAAAAAAGCUUGUUUCGCAUCGCAGUAAUUCUUACCCCUUCAUGGUGUCAAUUUGGACGAUGAUUCGAAGGCGCAGCAGUGGACGGGCCAUCCUGAUAUUUCUUCUUUUGGUAUCGGUUGACAGAGCUGUACAAAGCCAGAGUCGAGUCAGAAAGAAUGUAGGUGAAGAGAGCAGCCUCACAACAGACCAGCCUGAAUCAGCUAUUACUACGAAAGCGGAAGAAAAGCGAGUUACAUGGGACCCGAAUAACCCGGCCGACGGCACUGACCGACACUCUCGGGACCACCUGCACGACUUCGACCACUAUGAGAAGGCACACGGACACGCAAAAGACCACGAGGGCCAGAGCAUCAUAUACGAUCAUCCGCACCACGACGACGAGGAGGGCCACGACGACCUACACCAUAUGCCCUGGGUGAUUACAAAGCCCGGCUACGACAUCCGCCACCGGCCCGACAACGACGAGCCGACUAAAAUCAACAUCAGCCUGUUUCACGACUUCAUAGAGUAUGUUGACGAGCUCGGCGGUGAGAUGGUGAUAAAGUUAUUCGUCGUGGCCUACUGGAAGGAUCACCGAAUGCGAAAUGUGGAUGAAGUUCUAAACGAGGUGGGUGGGACGAAGGAGUCUCGCUCUCUGCCGCUGCCGAGUGAGAUGAAGUACCGGCUGUGGGUGCCGGACCUGUACCUGCCGAUGGCCAGGCGGGUGCGUGUGCCGACAAUCCACCAGCCGGCAGAGAGCGUCACACUCAAGGAGAACGGCACCAUGAAGUACUCGUCCUUCUUCGUCAUAUCCUUCAAGUGCGAGAUGCACUACCACAACUACCCGAUGGACGUACAGCAGUGCGACCUGGACAUUUUCAGCUACAAGUACGCCAGCAGCCAUCUGCAGCUGCUCUGGCAGCGCCCCUACGGAUUGGUGGGCGCGCUGCGCAUCAACACCAAACAUUUUGACGUCCGCGUCAUGCGACCGAAAGGCAAGAGCUGGUUUCUGCUGCAUGGGCCGGGCGGGAGCACCAAGGACGUGCUACGGAUCACGUACGUGAUGCGGCGGCACCUGUCGUUCCACCUGCUGCAGACCUACCUGCCGUCCAUCAUGCUGGUCUUCAUCGGCUGGCUGUCGCUGCUGGUGCCACUCGACUUUGCCUACGGCCGCAUGGUGCUGUCGGUCACCACGCUGCUGGUGCUGGUGUCGUUCUUCGUCACCACCAGCCAGACCACGCCGGGCACCAACGAGGUGAAGGCGCUGGACAUCUGGCUGUUCAUCUGCAUCUUCUUCGUGUUCUCUGCCAUCGUGGACUGCAUUGCCGAUCUGCGCUUCCUCUCGAUGGUGGAGAAGGAGUCGCAGAUCGCCGGCGAGGAGGGCGUCCAGUCGGAGAUGCCGCCGGUGGUGGACGAGCGCGUGCGCCGGCUCAGCCGGCCCGACGACGGCGGCCAGACGGCGGGGGAGGACUCGGACCGCGCCGACGCCACGCACAAUGUCCAGUUCUUCGGCGACAACACGCCGUUUCAAGCUGACAAGGAGGUGCUGAUUGCCACGCCCAGUGUGAUCAAGUGGCUUCGCCUGGCCGUGCUGCUGGAGCGCGGCAUGACGGUGGCCUACCCGGCGCUGUUUGUCCUCUUCACGGCCGUCUACUGGGCCGUCUACAUCACGGCGCGCAGCUCGCACAUUGAGCCAGAGAGCGACGAUUGAUCGGCGCCGGGUUGUAGCUCGCAAAUCGAGCCAGAGAGCGACGACUGAACGGAGCCGAGCUACAGCUCGCAUAUUGAGCCAGAGAGCGACGAUUGAGCCCAUAGCGGGAACACAUCGAGCCAGAGGAUGACGACUAAGGCGGACAUACAGAGCCAGUGAGCGACGACUGAGACGAGACGGAGACAUACAGAGCCAGAGUGACGAUUGGACGACACAAAGAGCCAGAGAGUGACGACUGAGACGGACAUAUUGCACUCUCUGCAGAUAGCAACAACUGAGACGGACAUACAGAGCCAGAGCGACGACUGAUCGGCACUAGCCACUCUCAGUAGCCCUGCCUCAUGAUGUGCAUGUGAAUAUGACCUUUGUUCAUCGGUUACGUAAUAGUACUCGGCAUACAGAUUAGUGUACAGUAAUGAUGUGUGAAAACAUGUUUUAACAAAAAAGUUCUUACUGGUUUUCAGUCAUAACCCGUUGGGAAGUCCGAAUGGGACAUGAGCCUACAUAUGGCUGCAUGCAUAAACUUCCGAAAUCGAUGCUUAAAAAAUGUCAUUAUCCAAGUAGAUGAACGUAAACAUGGCCCAGCCAUGCGUGGGACACGUGGAUAAUACACGUUUCGGCCGAUCCA